UGACGGGCCAAUAAAAGCGGCGGCGCGCGGCCGCGGCAGACUCAGCCUUUUCGGCGUCGGUGACCUUUCCUGCUGUUUUUUCCGCUCACACCGCCAGUCUCCUGCCCCUACUCGAGCGGCUCUGCGAUGUUGGCGUUGCGCCGCGGCUCCCGCCUGCUCGGUCUGCUACCUCUCCCGUGCUCCUUGCCGCUGCGCCUCCCCGCGGCCCGCGCCUGCAGCGGCGGCGGCGGCAGCGCCCGCAACCCGUCCUCUUCCGCUGGGAACCCGCUAGUGUACCUGGACGUGGGCGCUGACGGGCAGCCGCUCGGCCGCGUGGUGCUGGAGCUGAAGGCAGAUGUCGUCCCAAAGACAGCAGAGAACUUCCGAGCCCUGUGUACCGGGGAGAAGGGCUUUGGCUACAAAGGCUCCACGUUUCACAGAGUGAUUCCGUCCUUCAUGUGCCAGGCUGGCGACUUCACCAACCAUAAUGGCACAGGGGGGAAGUCCAUCUACGGAAGCCGCUUUCCUGACGAGAACUUCACACUGAAACACGUGGGGCCAGGCAUCCUGUCCAUGGCAAAUGCAGGUCCCAACACCAAUGGCUCCCAGUUCUUCAUUUGCACCAUAAAGACAGACUGGUUGGAUGGCAAACAUGUUGUGUUUGGCCACGUCAAAGAGGGCAUGGAUGUUGUGAAAAAAAUAGAAUCUUUUGGCUCCAAGAAUGGGAAGACGUCCAAGAAGAUUGUGAUCACGGACUGCGGCCAGUUGAGCUAAUGCCCUGCGGCCAGGGUGCUGGGCCGGCAGCAGCUGCGUGUGUGUUGACUCCCCCAGGUGGCCGCCUCGGGAUCCCCACGUAGGUGCCCUGUGGAGUCGCCUGCGCUUGCUCUGCCAUCGCCAUGUGCUUGAGGAAGCCCUCUCAGGAAUGUCAGACCUCAGGACCCACCAGACUGCUUCCCGAAUGCCCACCCUUCCUCAUGACCCCAUUUCUAGACCCCCAUUGUGAACAUCCUGUCACCAUUCCUCAUCAGGCAUCGGCUGUGAUUGUCCAGCCCAAGGUGGGGGGCUUUAGGUUAGUUUUCAAUGAAGUUCCUGCCUUUUCCUUGACUUCUGUUCUGUUAGGUCAAGGGAAAAAGCCAGUUGCUGCAAAAAGGGCUGUUAUGUACCUGUUUAAUGGUGCCUUCCUAACUAGAAUGAUUUAAUUAACGAGACUGCCUGGAGAUGAAGCUGUAACACUAGCAACUCCAUGCUGUGAUUUGACCUGAGUUGGUGGCCCAGGUCACACAACUCCAGAGCUUGGCCUCUGGAACAUAAUCAGGGCUUUUGUGAAGGGUCUCAUGUCUAAGGCCUUUGAUCCCAGCCACUGUGAAUCCCGUUGGUUUGCUGCUGUCAUUUUUUGCGUAGAGUCGGGGGGGAUGGGGUGGGGGAGGGGGGUAGAAGCAGAUGAACCUGGGGACAAAGCCACUGAGAGCUGUGCCUAGUCAAUGUGGAAAAUGGAAGUGGCCUGGGAGUGCCGUGGGCUCAGGAGAAAGUAAACGUGUAUUUCCUGGUGGGCUUUGAUUUUUCUUUGUUUAGUAACUUAAAUCUUCUGAUUAUGUAAUAUAGUUUAGCAACGUUUAUUUAUGUUCACCUUACAUGUGACAAUAAAUCCUAUUUUCUAUAAA